ACAACGUAACCUGUCCGCUCUCUUUCCGUGUCAUUUUCACCCUCUCUCCCUGAGGUUCAAGAAUGGCGCUCAAUAACGCUAUUGUACGCAACAAGACAAUCAUUCAAGAAAUUCUAUCGGCAGAUCCCCAAUUCAUACUUGACAAAGUGAGAGAGAAAGAACUGAUAACCGGCCGCGAAUACACCAAACUAAACUCCAAUAAGGGGGACGCAGAGGAUCUCGUUAUCAAGCUCGUGGACACACUCAUUAACAAAGGAAGACAAUCCGAGUUCAUUGGACUUCUGCAGGACGAGAAAGUCCUAGAAACGUAUCCUAAGCUUAAAGACGUGGAAUGGGGAGACAGUGGGUCUACCGCCUCAUCGAGCAGUUUGAGUAUUGGACAUGGGGACAACAAGACGGUAGUAGAGCAAAGGAAAAAAACGAGAGGAAAUGAAGGCAGGAAAAGAAACAGAAGUGAAUCAGAAGAAGAAGUGACCAAUAAGAAACCUUGCACGGUGGAGGGAUCAGGCAGCAACACUGAAACCCGCUCCGCAGGGCAAGCUCUGUCCGAUAAGCAGCUCAUGAAGGUGGCCGAAACGCUUGGACAGGAGUGGGAGCAGGCGGCCAUCCACCUGGGGCUGGAGACAAAAGAUCUAGACACCAUCAAGGCAGAACAUAGACCUGUGGUCAUGCAGAAGCAGAAGAUGUUGGUGCUGUGGAAGCGCCGAAGACCACCAGGAGAGGCCACAGCUCUGGACCUGCUGGAAGGUCUGGAAGACCUGGAGGACCUACCGGUCGAGACUCGUCUGUUAUUGUCAGGACAUAUAUCCGACAAGACGGUGGUAAAGCCAAAGAAACAAAUCAAAGGACAUCGGGACGAAAAGACGCUGGUAAAGCCAAAGGAACCAACGUUUCUUUCAAGGGACGCCUGUGCUGAGAUUGAAGAUGAUAAAGAUGAUGAAGAGGAGAUGUACUUCAAGUCACAUUGUGAAAAAUGUAAAGCAGCUCAGCAGAGUCCUGAGCAUGAGAAGGUUACCCCAACGAAGAUUUCUAAAUGGAGCUUCCAGGUACAGCUGGAAGGCGAGGGGACCUAUGAGUGUUCGGCUACAGGUCUGGUGUUUGAAGUGUCGGAGCAGGCUCUGGUCCGCUACUCGGUCCUGUCCUGGUUCCAAUUCUCUGAGUUCCUCAAAGACUCCUGGAGGCCUGCUGGAUCGAUUUAUGAUGUGCGCGUGGUCAACAAGGAUCCAUCUGUGCUCAAGUUCAUCCAUUUCCCACACUCUCUGUGCCUUACUGAACCUGGGCGUGAUCUGAGCUUCAAUGUUCUGCACGUAAAGGAUCACCAUCCCAACCCUGAGUCGACGGUGGGCUUCACGGCCAGCCAUGUUAAAUGGCGCGUGUCCUCGCUGUCUCUCCUGGGUCUCAUUCUGAGGAGCAUUUAUCAAUGGAUGGUGAAGCGCCACGCGAUGGUGCUGAUUUACAAGGAGCUGAACAAAAAAGACUUCAUCUUCCACGUGUAUUUGGGCUCGAACAGCAGUUCUGAGUUCAAGGUGACGAAGAACAAUGGUCAACGAUUAAGUAAUAGAACGAGAGUCCUGUGUGUUGGUAAACCGAUUCAUGGAUAGACAGACGGACUAGAC